CCUGGUCGCUGGCCAUGUCGGGGUGGCGCAGUGACUCAGGAUCUCCUCUCAUCCAUCCUCCCCCACACAGCAACGUUCAUCCCCGCUUCAUGUAGCAGCCGAAUCCAGGCGGAGAGACACAGGAGAGACGCACCGAGUGAUGCUCCUGCGACUGCCGCAUCCUCCUCCAGCACAAGCACGUAACUAAUUAAAGGAGUAAACCACUAUCACAAAACAUACUCUGCUCAUGAAGAUGACUAACGUUGACAUGGUCAUAAAUUCCACUGACAGGAUGGUCAAAUCUGUCCCCUUUCCCUUAAGCCAUCGUCUCACAAUGAAGGAGGUGUUUGACUGCGAGGGCAAGCCGCGGGUCGAUCUCUUGAAGGCUCAUCUCACGAAGGAGGGUCGUGUGGAGGAAACUGCAGCCUUGAGAAUAAUUAACGAAGGAGCCGCCAUCCUCCGCCAAGAAAAGACCAUGCUCGACAUCGAGGCUCCCGUCACAGUGUGCGGUGAUAUACACGGGCAGUUUUUUGACCUGAUGAAGCUGUUUGAAGUGGGCGGCUCCCCGGCCUCCACACGCUACCUCUUCCUGGGAGACUACGUGGACAGGGGCUACUUUAGCAUUGAGUGUGUUUUGUACCUGUGGUCCUUGAAAAUCCUCUAUCCAAAGACGUUAUUUUUACUCCGAGGAAACCAUGAAUGUAGACAUUUGACAGAAUAUUUCACUUUCAAACAAGAAUGUAGAAUCAAGUAUUCGGAGCAGGUGUAUGACUCCUGCAUGGAUGCAUUCGACUGCCUUCCUCUGGCUGCCCUGAUGAACCAGCAGUUCCUGUGUGUUCACGGAGGCUUGUCACCUGAAGUACACACUUUAGACGAUAUUAAAAAGUUAGACAGGUUUAAAGAACCCCCUGCAUUUGGGCCAAUGUGUGACCUGCUGUGGUCAGAUCCUUUGGAAGAUUUUGGAAAUGAAAAGACCCAGGAGUUCUUCAGCCACAACACUGUCAGAGGCUGCUCAUAUUUCUAUAGUUACCCUGCGGUAUGUGACUUUCUACAGAACAAUAAUUUAUUAUCAGUUAUCCGAGCUCAUGAGGCACAAGACGCUGGCUACCGGAUGUACAGGAAGAGCCAGACCACGGGCUUCCCUUCACUCAUCACCAUUUUCUCAGCACCAAACUACCUUGAUGUUUAUAAUAAUAAAGCUGCAGUAUUGAAGUAUGAAAACAAUGUCAUGAAUAUUCGACAGUUCAACUGCUCCCCUCAUCCCUACUGGCUUCCAAACUUCAUGGAUGUCUUCACAUGGUCCUUGCCAUUUGUUGGGGAAAAAAUUACAGAGAUGCUGGUGAAUGUGUUAAAUAUCUGCUCCGAUGAUGAGCUCAUGAAUGACGGUGAUGAAAUCUUUGAUGCCAAUGCUGCUGCUGCUCGAAAGGAAGUGAUCAGGAACAAGAUAAGAGCCAUUGGCAAGAUGGCCAAAAUGUUUUCAGUCUUGAGAGAGGAGAGUGAGAACGUUUUGACACUAAAAGGUUUGACUCCGACUGGAAUGCUUCCUAGUGGGGUGCUUUCUGGAGGCAAGCAAACCUUAGAGAACGCUACGAUUGAAGCCAUUGAGGCCAUUGAGCCACCUGAGGAUGGUGAAGCAGUCCGAGGAUUCUCCCCACAGCACAAGAUCAACAGUUUCGCAGAAGCAAAGGGCUUGGACCGUGUCAACGAGAGGAUGCCUCCCAGGAAGGAUGCAGUAAACAAUGUGGGCCAUUCGAUGGGAAAGAUGAACAUGUCGGAGUCGAACGGGACAGAUGACAACAGUAAUAUACAGUGAGACCAACUCUACCAACACAUUGAAGCCUGUUAUCUCCAGAGCAAUAUUCUGCUUCAAUUGAAAUUAGACCUUCUCAAAAGCCACCCCAUUUUAGAGAGCUAAAAGUCUAUUGCUUUGAAGACAGAUAUGAGUUAAAUACUUAGGGGUGACGUUUACCGCUUUUAGGAAAAAGGGGGAACAAAUUCCAGUAAGAAAUGCAUUCAGGCAGCAGUCCGCAAUGCAGCAGCAUUUUCUUCACUCUCUAAGAAAUACGGGAAUGAUUUUAUCCUUUUGUGUACUUCAGUAAAUUGCUUCAUAAGGAUGCAUUUGUGGGUGCAUUAUCCGUAUUUUGGCACCUUAUAUUUUAAAUGUUAAGUAAAGGUUUAAUUCAUAAAACAUCUUCUACAAAUUAUC